UAUUUUUUUCUUAAACAUUUUUCUUUAAAAAAUGACGAGAGGAUAUUCAUUAGAACAAGAUUUAAAAUUGUUAAUAAAUAAUCCUAAAUAUAGCGAUUUAGAAAUUUUAUGUGAAAAUGAAAAGAAAUUAUACGGUUGUAGAGCAAUUUUAGCAGCAAGAUCCGAAGUAUUUGAGAGACUACUUUAUAAUGGGAUGAAGGAAAGUUAUGAAAAUCAAAUUUCUUUUCCAAAAAUUAAUUCCGCUGGAAUGGAAAUCGUAUUAGAAUAUACCUAUACAGGAUCAAUUAAAGAAGAAUUUUUAACAAAGGAUAAUAUGAUUGAAUCUUUUUACGCUGCUGAAUAUUUUCAAUUACCAGACCUUCAGGAUUUUAUUAUGAAAGUUUUCAAAAAUACAUUAAAAAAAAAUCUUACAGAAAAUUAUUCACCAGAAUUAUUAUCGAAAUUUGCAGAAAAAAUGCCAUUAACAGAAGAUAACGUUCUAUUGAAUUUAUUGGUUGAAGCGGUAGCAAUUAUUCCACUAAAUACAAUUGAAUUUGGUCGAUUAUCUAUUGCCGGUCUUAAAUAUCUUUUAUCUUGUACAUAUGAAAAAGAAAUGACUUUUUCAACACCGGAAUAUGAAGUUUUUCGAUAUCGUGCUAUUCUUGCAGCAAAACAAGUUUCUAAUGAUGCAUAUACAACUCUUAUGAAACUGUUACCUACCUUAGAACAAAUGCAAAUGGAUAAUUCAGUUCAAGUAAAAAAUAAAUUUAUUACUGAUCAUCAAAAUGUUGCUAAAGAAUUGAAACCUUUGGUUGAAUUUAUUGAUUUCAAGCGAAUUAAAGGACAGAUUCUAACCGAUGUUAUUGAUCCAUUAGAAAUUAUCCCUUCAAAAAUAAUUUUAAAUGUUUAUCGAGACAUAGUAAGGUCAAAUAACUCAAACUUAAAUUAUAUUCGAGGAAUACCAACGAUGUACGUUUGGGAUGAAAAAGAAUGUAUAUGUUCAUCAGAAAAUUUUAAUUAUAAAUCCUGGGCAGGAGGUCAGUCUACGGGAUGGGUAUUAGGUUCUAGUGGUAAUUGUUUUAAUUCUGGUACAUCAAUAGGAUAUUGUUCAUCAUUUAAAGACGGUACAAAAAUUACUGUUCAUUUAGAUAUGAAUAAAAGAACUUGUGCUUUUACAGUCAAUGGUAUAAAAUAUCCGGAAGUAUCAGGAUGGAAUAAUUUGCCAUCAAAACUUUAUCCGGUAGUAUCAUUAAAAUUUCCAGGUCUUUUACGAAUUCAAACUCAUCAAAAAAUUUGAUUCAUACACUUUCUUUGGAAGUGUUAAGUGUUUAUUUAUGAUAAUUAAUUCGCAGAAGUAAAUUCAAUAUCUUGCUACCGUAAUAAUUAAUAUAAUUAAUUGAUGAAAAGAUUCUAAAAUGUGAUUUAUAAAUAAAUUUUAUUUAUUAUUUUACUACUAAAUAAGACUUUUAAGAAAAUUUAAAAAUCAUGAUUAAGUAUUUAUAAUUUACGUCAAAACCGGAAAGAUUAGUCACUUGUGGCU